AUGUGGAGUCCUGAGGUUGAGCACCUUUUCGCUCUGUGCGACUCCGAAGGAAAAGGUUUUCUAACUGUUGACGACCUGAAGAAAAUUUGCCCUCAACUUGAUGACAAGGUAACUUUUCUUCAACUUGAAACUUCAAGAUGGGUUCCCAAUUACAGGAUAUUGCUUUCAUAUUCAAACAAUUGGAUAUUGAUAAAUCGGGGAAAAUUGAUAAAAUGGAGUUUUGCAAAGGAUUUGAGGCAGCGGUAUCGAAAGGAGAAACUAACGGUUUUUUUACACUUUGAUUUAUGUGAAACAGUAGUUUCAGGUUUGAACGGUAUGCAGAGAAGAGCCUCAAUCAGUUACGACGACCAUAUCCCACAAAUCCUACGAGAUGAGCAAGUUUUUGACAGCGACGCUGAAAGUGUAAGUAUUUUAUUUCAUCAUUUCUAGUAGUGCUGAACAAGUUUCUUUUUCCAGACACUUCGACCAAAUCAUUUACGAGUGGCAGAUGAAGAUUUGUACUUGUCGGAAUCCGACACCAAUCAUAGCAUCGAUUUCGCCGUGCCUUGGUAAAAUUUUUCUGAUAGGCUUGCUUUGGAUUUCAAAGACUCGAAAUCUUUUUUGAGAUUUGUUGCUUGAGAAAAAAUUUGUUUUCGUUACUCGAGUUUACCGUUUCACUCCAGCCAAGACGAGGUUCUGAUGCUCUACGAACAACUGCAGUCAACUGGAAUGCCUCAACUUCUGCGCAAAUUUGAGAAGGUUGCCAGAAUUAUAUUCUCUGCAUUCAUUGCGUUUUAAAGGUAGUGGGCUCAUUUUACAAGGAAAUCAAGGAGAAGAAGCAUGAAAAUGAGAGGCUCCAACAUAUUUGUGCUAGGUGAAAAGUUACAAUCAACAAGAGAACUUUUGUAUUUGCAGCGAGAAAGAAAUGUACAAUCGAAGAAUGGAAGAAGUCGAAAUUGAGCUGGACCAGCAACUCGAAAUGGCCGAGCGUAAAGCCAGAGAAGAAGUUGAUCCCUGCUUAUUUUUUGAAUUUUCAUGAUUCAAAGUUAAGGAGAGACAACGUCUCACGAAAGAAAAAGAAGAGAUGAGGGCUCACUUAACUGAAGAGCUUCGGGAAAUGCGUCAGAAUAUCGAACACCUUCAAAAAAUGGAACACGUAUUGGAGAAGGAAAGCGAAAAGCUGACUCAUCAGAAGGAGCUGAACGAGAAGCUCAAAGUGAGUAUUUCAUGAAGAUUGAAAUAAUCAGAUUCAUCUAGCAAUUUUUAGUUAUAAACUCAGUUGGAGGCAUCUUUAUUGAGUUUUUAAAUAAUGAAUGCCCAAAAAGAGGUGAAAAUUCAUCAGGUAGCUUCCUUGUGUUUCUAACGUUACUGGAGGUGUAGAUCAUUAAUUUUAAAUAUCAAGAGCUGUGUGACCGAAAUGAGGAAGAAUUAGCAUUUUUUUCCAAUCUCAUAACACUUUCAAAAUCAUUUUACCGGCGUCACACCGGUUUUCGAAAUAUUUUGUUUUUUUUUUUUCAGGAAGUCAACCAAGAAAAUGCUGGUCUUCGCAAGAACUUGGCGGAGAAUCAUUUAGAACUCGCUAUGAUCAAAAGCGAGCUGGCACAUGUGCGCGCCAAUUAUGAUGAAAAACAAAACGAGCUUCUCGAACGACGCGGUUGGAAUAACUUUUUUCCUCAAUUAAGUUCACUUUCAGACCAAAUGUCAAACGCCAACGAAGAAAGUGAGACCUUGCAGAAGCAGCUUCAUUUGUUAUUGUGAGUUUUUUUUCUUAUCAUUUUUCUGAAACAGUAACAUCGUUAUUUUCCUAAGAUAGUGAAAAAACUAUAACUGAGCCGAGUUGCAGUGAUGCUAAUAAAAAGCUACACGAGACAAAUGAAAGCCUUCGGGACGCUCUGGACAGCCGAGCUGCCGUUCUGAGACAGUUCAAUUUGGUAUGAAGUUUCCAGUUUUUGAAGAGAAAAGGAAGACUUUUAGAGAACUCCAUCACCAAGUGUCCUGUCUAGGGAUUCCCUGGCGACCCCGCAAUCUUCUUUCUCGCCUGCUUCUAGACUUUUCAGCCCUGUUGCUCUUCAUGCUAUCAGCAGUGAUGACAUUGGUAUGCGAAAAUUUCAAGUGUCUCGAAAAAGAGAUAUUGAGAUUUCAACCUCUCAGAGAACCUUUUUCAGAUACUCCGUUGAUUCUCGAUGAUUCACAUAGUCACGAUGAAAAAACUAACGCCAAGGAUCUCAUUGCAAGUUUUUUUUAUCAUCUUUUAUUCUAGACAAAUUUAUAUAAUCCAAAACCACAUCAGGGUAUUCAUGAAGCAAGUGGACCCGCCGAAAGAACAUUCCGAAUAGUUAUGUGCGGAGACGCUGCUGUGGGGAAGAGCAGUUUUGUGAUGAGAGUCAUCCGUCGACAGUUCACCAACCAACUUCCUAGCACUCUAGGUAAUUAUUUUCUCAAUUUUUGAAAAAAUAGCAAAAGCUUUCUUAGUAGGGAACAUUUUUUAACGUUGAACUUUCGAUGAAGUUUCGCUAAAAUGUGUUCUAGAGUCUCCUGAUUCUAGAAAAAAAACAUUUCUUGCACUAAAUCUCGUUUUCGAGUUAUAAAGCUUCAAAGUCCGUGAAAUACGCAAAUCAUGACAAAAAUGCGUUGUUUCAAGCUUUUGAAGCGUCCUAAUUCAAAAACGAGAUCUGUUGUUAGAAAUUUUUUCUUGUUCUGCAAUCAGGAGGUCCUCAAGUACACCUCAGCAAAGUUUCAUCAAAAAAAUCAACCGGGGGGAUAAAAUACGUUCCAUAAAUAGUGAAAAAAAUCAUGAUUCUUCAUUGUAAAUCACAUUGAAAUAGAAGAUUUUAUGAUCAAAGUCCCUUGAAUCAAGAAAAUGGAAGAUAUUGUAGGAAGGACAUCAAUGAAGAAAAUACGAUUUUUAAAAAACGAUUUUGUGGCUUUUUUAGGAAUGUCAUGUCCAAAAAACCAUUUCGAAACGUCUUCAUGGCCAUUAUUGUUUAAAAAUCUUCAUUUUUUUCUGAAAAACUUUGACCUAUUCCUAUCAUUUUCCUGAUUUUAAAAAUGACUUGCAAACUCGAGUAAACGGAAUAUCUCCUCAGGAGUGGAUUUCCACGUCAAGACGGUCAAUGUAGACGGUCAUAAUGUGGCCUUGCAACUUUGGGACACUGCUGGUCAGGAAAGGUGAUUUUCUACUCUUUUUCCGAAGCAUCUUUAAGAUUGCAGAUUCCGUUCUCUCUGUAAAUCGUACUUCCGUAGAGCUGAUGGGGCUAUAUUGGUUUAUGACGUCACCGCGGAGCACACUUUGCUACGAGUCAGAGACUGGAUCGACACUAUAAAGGUUAUAAAUUAAUCAAACAUCUCGACCAUUUUUUUGUCAUGAAAAAAAGGUUUCUUAUAUUUGCAUCUUUUAAUAACACAUAAGUGAUAAUUUAAUGAUUAUAAGGGAGAGGGAAAUAGACUUAGAAGUUGAAAAAAGAUACGAAAUUCAAAUUUGACUCCGAAGAAACCUUUUAACCCAACGUUUUUUCUAAACCCUUUUGUAGGAAUCGGUAGAAAGAAGCAUUCCGAUAAUCCUGGUCGGCAACAAGUGCGACUUACGACGUGAUGGCGGAGGAGUUGCCAAGGCGGAUGGCGCCUCGAUGGCGGCGGUUUGUGAAAUUUCGCAUUAGUUCGAACUUUCCAGCUCUUUCAGGCUAUGGGAGUUUUGUUCAUGGAAACUAGUGCCCUCGAUGGCAGCAAUAUCGACAACGCUAUGCUUGCUUUGACUAGGUUAGUUUCGAAAUCUUGGAAAAUGGAUAUGUUCGCAAAAAUUUGUAGAUAGAAUAAUAAGAUUUGAGAAUCAAGAAAAGCCCAGAGAAAGCGCAAAUCGCUCUUUUUGGCUUGUUUCAAGCUUUAUAAUGAUGCUUUCCAUUUUCAAACGAAUUUAUGAAUUUCUGCGCAUUUUUUACGCUAUGCUCUUAUUUUCACCAAGUUAGCCAAAAAGCUAUACUCCAUUAAGCAAAAAGAAGCUUGGAUGAUGUUCGGAAAUCUGAAAACGGAAAUAAUCAGUUGAAUUUGAAAUCAGCGGAAUGGUAUGAGAAAUAAAAGAAAUGAAAUCACGAAAUUUUUUAAAUGGUUUAUUUUCGAUUUCUUCUAGAAGCACGUUUUGAAUGCAACUUUUUGAGUUGCAAGAAAUUUCGUCCUUUUUUUGGAAAAUUAAAAUGUCGUGCUUCGAACAUUUUCACAAAAUUGAACUCCUCUCAUAACUGGAUGCUAAAAAAAAUUAAAAAACGGUCUGAUUUCCCAGUGAUACUUCAAGCUUAGCAGCUUUUUAAUUGGGUCGCAAAAUUUAACACUACUCUAAGGAAUAUAAUAUAGUUUCUGAAGCUAAAGUUCUAUAGUUUAGAAUAAUUAAUCCUUCAUGUCACAAGGUAAGUGGACAUGAUCAUAAUUCAAACAAAAAUCGGCUUUUUCUGCUGGAAACCAGCCUCAGAUUUAGAAGCACGAUGAGACUAAUCCUCUUGAGAUAGAACAAACCCGAAAUUUCAAAAAAGCAAGGUUUAUUGUACUCAUUAUGCUCUUGAAUCCAAAUAAGAUUGAUAAGGUUACUAAGCCGUUCCUAAAGUUUUUUUGAAAGUUCGAUAUUUGAGUCCCGAUGGCUUGAGAAAAAAAAAACUUGUCCCUUUUUUCACAGAGAACUGAUGGCAGUGGAAGACGUAGAAAUCCGCGCCACUGGCGUCGUUCUCAGUCCCAGAGAAAAGCAGAAGCAAACGGGCUGUUUUUCGAAAUGCCGUGGCUCUUAGCUUCAUUUCCCUAUCGACUCAAUAAACCAACAACCAAAGACUGUUCUUCUUCUCAUUUUCUUGGGUGCGCAGAGUUUUGUGCUUAUCAAAGUUGUCUCGAAUUUUCGUCCAUUGAUAAGCUUCUAUUUUUGCACUCGGCUGUAUCAAAUAAAAAUUUUAUGACACGGGAAAAAAAGAUAGAAUCCCCUCUUCCUCCGUAUCUUCUGUCUAAAAAUAACCUUCACCUUUUUUUUUGUUCAAAUGGGUUGUGUUGUAUAAAUAUUUAUAUUUUUUUCAUGAGUUGAUUGUUGCGGAAAUGAAGAUGAAGGUAAGUUUGACGCCUCGUGGCAGGCUGAUAAUGAUAAUGAGAAAGCCGUCAGUUUUGUGCAAGAAGCGGCUCGCUAUUCAAUUGGGUCAUGCAGAGCGGCUAUAAAAAGGGCAAUAAAAAAGUGUUAGAUUGGGUUAUUAAAGAGACACUUGGCGAUGAAGCAGAGAAAGAAAGUGAAGCUGUCAAAGGACUUCGAGUCUCUGAUUACUUGGUACAACGACGACGGUUGCAGCGACAAUGGCGGGCGGAAUGGCUCAUAUCGAAAUUAGUCCGUUCAUCCGACUUCUUUGAUCAUUGUUUUUGAAUUGGUUUCAGAUGAAAACGAGCUGCAGGCGCGUACCAGAAUCGUGCGGAAUUACAUGAAAGUGAAGAUUUUUAAGUUUUUUUUUUCAAUUUUCAUGGCUUUGUUGAAUUUAUCGAUCCUUUGAUUACUUAUAUUCUUUUUACUUACUAGAGAACAUUUUUAACUUAAAUUUUGAUAAAUCGCUGAUUCAUUUCAGACUCCAGAACAAGAAAAAAACAUUCUCCAAUAGAUCUGGUUUUCAUGUUGAGAUGCUUCAAAUGUUUGAAACGGUUUUUUUUGUCAAAAUUUCGGGUUUUUGAAACUUUCCAGCCUCUUGCAUCGAGAAAAAGGUUAAUUGGGAGAACUUUUCCUGUUUUUGGAAUGAGAAGGUCAUUGUGUGGAAAAAUUUGCAUCAAAAUUUCAUCCGAGGGCUGAAAAACGUUCCCUAGUUAUUUUAUAGUAGAUUACUAUGUUAAUAUGUAGAAAAUGCUAAAAAUUGUUUCCGAAAAGCUAGACCAAGGCCAACUCGAAUCGAAAUGAAAAAAAUCUUGCUUGUCUGCACACUCCUAACCCUCAGCAAUAGUUUUGUAUUCACUUUUUAUUUCCUUUUUCGUAGACAAUUUUUUGAUUAGAGGAGAGCCCAGAAAAGCCAGCUAUUGUUUUGAAAUCAAGAAAGAUUAUUGAAAAAUAAAUUGCUCUUUUAGGAUCGAGACAACUGCAUAGUAUUGAGAAUCGACAAACGGAUGCCAGAUGUCGAGAACAUGAAUCCCUUCGGAUUCCAUUUCGAGUUUGAUGAGAAAAAGUAUAAAGCUCGGAAACGGGAAAUACGAUUACGAAGUUGGUCGACCACUUUGUUCUCAAGAAAUGAAACAUUUCAGGGAUAACUCGCUUGUUUUCUUGGCUCGCUUAUUAUCAUCACAAAUUUGGAAUCCGGCAUAUUACUUUAUUUUCUUUACUUGUUAUUUAUGUUUUUCUUGGCGGUUUAAUUUUCGAAAAGCUGGAAUCGCCUCAUGAAAUUGCGGUAAAAUUUCGUUUGAAGCGAAUAAUCAAUUAUUUUUUCAGGAUUUGAAGCAGACUAUUAUCUUAAUGCAAGGCAUAAUCAACGAAGAGACAAACGACAUAAUAAACAUAACUUUGAGUACAAACGGCACGGACAGAAGAAAUCAAUUGGGACGGUUAAUAAAAGUGAGUUUUAGAGAAAUGGAAAAAUUCAUGGUUUUUAUUAAUUUGAGUCUUUUUUUCAGAGGUACUACAAAACGAUGUUAGAAGCUGAAGGCAGAUUCCACGGCAGCGUCUGGCACAAGGCCGAAAACUUGGAUAUGCAUCUCAUGUGGUAUUUUUCCUCGGCUACUUUCUACUCCAUGACGCUUUUUUCAACUAUUGGCUACGGUUAGUCUUUUGAAAAUUUUGAAACAGGAAUGUAUGUGAGUUUGGUUAUUUGAUUUUUUUUUUUCUCUUGUUGUAUGGAGAAUGCCAAAAGCCAAAAAUUAAGAGUAUUGAUUUUUUCAUCUGCUAACUAUAGUCUGUGUGCCACGACUUGAAAUUUCACCGAACGACAUUCCGCUGUUCCGCUGCGUGCGUUCGUGAAGCGUCUUUCGAAUCUAGGUUUCCCUUUCAAUUGAUUGUUAUUGCUGUGGGAGCACAAGAAAGUAGAGUACCUUAAUAAAAGAAAAAUAAUUAAAAGCGCGACCGAGGUUCGCAAAUGCGCGCAGCGGCACAGCGGAAUUUCGUUCGGUAAAAUUCCAAGUCGCAGUACACAGGCUAUACCAACACUCUUUUUUUCGGCUCUCUUCAAUUUUUAAGGAAUAUGCAACAAAUAGUAGAUUAUGAUUACAGGUACAAUUACUUGUCAAACUUUUUGGGGUCGUACUGUUUCCAUGAUUUAUGCUUCCCUUGGGUUACCUCUAAUGCUCGUGGUACUCGGAGACGUCGGCGAAUGGUUCCAAAAAAUUCUAACCAAAGCCUACAUUUUCUGUUAUCUCAAGUACAAGUGAGUGAUUUGUAGUCUGAAAAUAAGAUAAUAAAACAGUGAGUGAUUAAAUUUUAACGCAUUUAUUGCAGUUUCAGUGUAAAAAUAAGAGAAAAAUGAAAUCUUUAAAAAAAUCUAUUGGAAACGAAUCAUUGAACCAGAAUUUAUAGAACGCAUAAUUAUUGUGAAAAAAUUGUGAUUUUUUUUUUCUAAUUUUUUUCCUUUUUGAGUUUUCAGGUAGAUCACCUUUAUCUUAUCACGUCUUCGAAAAGUUUCAUUCCGUUAAGAAAAAGACAUUAUCAUGAUUUUUUGAAUUUUUGUUCAGUAACCUUUAACACCCAAAUUCUCGUACAAAUUAUUUUUCACACAAUGGAUGCCAAAUAACUUGACCAAGUUUUUCAGAGAUUUGCGAAGACAAAAAGUCACGAAAGACUUAACUGACCUUUUUUUGCCCAUGUGGAUUGCCUUGGGUUUAGUUCUCGCCUACAUUUUGAUUUGUACACUUAUGAUCAAAAUGUUCGACCACAACGAAGGCAACAAACCAGGUUUGCAAUCCAAACACAUUUUCUGACCUACAGCCAUUCUCAGGCAUCGGCUUCUUUGACGCUUUUUAUUUCACUUUUAUCAGUUUGACCACGAUUGGUCUUGGUGACGUGAUGCCGUAUAAUAUUCAAGUAACAUUAUUUUUUAUUGCUCGAUUCUGCUGUUGACGCGCAAUUUUACAGUAUUCACCAUUUCUGGCGGCUGCCUUUUUGUUGGGCCUUGCUUUGAUCUCAAUUGUGAACACCUCAAUUUACGCCCAGCUGUACAAAAUAUUCUUCAACUUGAUCAUUUUCGUCGAGGACAGCUUGGAGAGAAUUCACAGUUCGAGGCAUGACGGUCCUGGCUACCGUAUUUUCCAGGUUGUUCGGGAAAAAAACAUUGUAUUUUUUACAAAAUUUGAUACGCUGAUUUGUAUUUUUUGCAGGUUAAAAGAGUUGCUAUGUUUUUUGGCUCAAUUUCUAAAACUGCCGAGUUGCGACACCUGCUAUAAAAUCUAUUUUUUUUCUAGAAAAACUCUUCUCAUCUCAGUAAUUUAUAUAUAGUGUGCUCUACUGAUUAAAAAUGUUCAAAAUGUUUCUGAAAAAACCUGUCAAAUCUUUUGGAAAGCUUACUAAAAAUAUCUCACAAGUGUCUCAAUUCUCCAGAUUGAUCUUUCAAAAAAUGAAAAAUUCAGGACCUUGAGCCGGUGAUUAGAAUGUUGGUUUGCACUUUCCCACAAGUUGAUGCGGAAGAAAGAGCUUUAUUAGCAACAGCUUGCCGGAACUCAUUCGUCAAACGGGCCAGUAAAGAUGUGAUUUUUUUUUAAAUCCGUUUUUAUUUGGAAUUUGUGUUAUUCAGAGCGGUCAUUUGCGGUUCCGUACAAUUUCUGAUAUUGCUGCCCACGACGGGAAGCAUUUGUACGAAGCACGACGACAGAGGAGAAGGAAUCUGGAGACCAACAAAACUCCGAUCAGGACUCAUGCUCCUACUCUUGGCGCUUUUGCUGGAAUGAGCUUGAAGAACUUUCAGUGAGUGGUUUUUUUUUUUGAAGGAGUGAAAAUCGUCCAGUUUCAAUGAAAUAUAAGUGAAGGUCGAUGUUUAGUUUUUUCAAGACGAUGAGGAGCAAAAUACAAAUAAAAUUUUUGCUUCCAACAGCUCAAUUUUCGAAGGGUUCUAAACUAAUUUUUCAGACGCGGGAGAUCAAGGACAGCGCCAAAAGACGAGGAUGGAACGGAAUCGGACGAUUCCACCAAUUCUGCUUGA